ACUAGGGGGGUUGCAUUAAGCUUCCCAUAAUUCAAUUAUCAUUUGGCGCAUCAAACUCAGCAUAGAUGAUACAUUGGGCAACUCAGGAUUAUUUACGCACCGUCCGAAUGCUCUCCGUUCCAUUCCUUUAUGUUUCCUUGUGCCUCUUUUAUAUUUAUUUCUAUUUAGCUUGAGUGCUUAUUGCGAUUGAACUGGGCGCGGGCGCGUUUCCGACGGAGCACAUCUGAGAGACUCCCGUAGCCGACAAAGGCGCUCUUCCCCCUAUUUUUCUUCCCCCUCUCUCUUUUUUCCUUUUUCGUUCGCCGCUUUCGCGAUCCCACACACACUCUCUAUCUCUCUCGCGAUGCACUGCUAUUCGCAACAGGUGGGCGACAGCAUUCAGGGUAGCAAGAGAAAAGAACGACCGCUUCGUUUUCUCUAUCGACGAGGGAACGCCCGGCUCACUGCCGUUCCGAAGCAGUGGAAACGCCGCCGACGAGCCACAUCCGCUCGCGCAUAAGGUCCCUGAAUACUCCGCGCAGGCCACGCUCUGCCAUCCACACACACAGGCCCGACGCAAUGACACAAUGAUACUCCUCCUUCCUUUUUUUUUUUUUUUUUUCGCGAAGCAGAAGCAAGGCCGAACGAGACUAGGGGAACGAGCGCCCGGGAGGAUGGAGACGGGAGCGCGGCUCAGCAGUUUAGGCGCAUCCCACCAGAUGGCGGCAGGUUAUUCAGAUGCGCCUCAUUGUGUGCGCGCAGGCUUCCUUCCGCUGCCUCGCCCAUUUUCAUUUUUUUCCCCUCCCCGACACUCCGCCACCUGUUCGGUCCGGCGCGAAGCCAGAACAGCCAACCAGCGGCGGUGGCCGUACGUGUGUGCGUGCGUGCGCGCGACUUCCACGACUUCGCUCGCCCCGACCGGCGCGGCGCGCCUCCCGUUCAUACCUGUGCCCGCGGUGAUCUCGCGCGCAGUGCAGUAGCUUGACGUCUUGGCCGGCGUUGCGUACCGGUGUCUUCGCACGCUUCCCCUCAACGAGUCCAACGGCGCCGGCAGCUUCUGCGGUGGCGCACUUUUCCUCAUUUCUUCAGCUGCCGUUGUGGUCAAACGUCGACCGUUUGUCGUCGUCUGCACUGAUCUGACCUGUGCCGAUUUCCUGCCCCUACUACUUUCUUCCUCGUUUUUUUUUUUUUUUUUUCUUCAAUGAAAUCUUGCGGUUCCUGCCUCUGGUGGUGUCGUGAGUGAAUUGGCCUCACACCGGUGUGUGCGCGCGUCAGUGUUCUAUUUUGUUUGUGUGUGUGCGUGUGUUUUGUGCGCGUGUGCUACCGGAGCUGUAAACAGGAUGGAUGCGUGAUCUGUGGUGGUGACCGCCCCCCAGUGCCUCUUCAUCGACUGCAAUCGUCGCACCCGCUUCUUGGAUUACGUGGCCUGCGCAAUCUGUGUGCCGUCGGCGUCGCCUAUCGCACCAUGGGACUCGAGGACGUGGUCCCUUAAUCUGCCGUCAUUCCCGGGCCUCUCAGAUCCUGGACGCAGUUGUGAACGGCGGGACGGCUGGUUCAUUGGCUUUGCAACCGUUCCAAGGCUGCGGGAGACUUCUGGCUGGUGGCCCAGAGGGUGCAGGCGAGGCGAUGUGCUGAGAUCGUUGAGAGGGAUGCCACAUCGGACCCCCCUGAGUGCGCCCCAUCUGUAUAGAGGGCGCUGAGUACCACACCGCUCCGCAUGUAUGACCAGCAUGAGGACAACUGGGGAUACGAGAGCCUGUACACCAGCAUGGCCUGCGUUGACACUCGGGCCUCGGCCCGGACGCCCCGGGAGCUUCUCUACGGGGACGACGACGAGGACUGCUGCGACGUUGCCUCGCUACCUGAGGCCGUCGGAGCAGGACUCUCCGACAGGACGUUGUCGGAGUACAGGCUUCCCAAAUGUGACCCAUCUUUGGAGGGUUGGUCUGAGAUGAGCGUGGUCACCAAUGUAGUUCUCAAGAAGCGGAGGAAGCCGGAAAACAAACCCCAGUCGCAGUUGAAGAAGUGCCUUAAUGAGAAGCACCGGCGGGAGCAGGAGAACGUCUACCUGGAGGAACUAGCAGAACUGAUCUCUGCUAGCCUGUCUGACAUGAAUUCCCUGUCCGUCAAGCCAGACAAGUGUGCCAUACUGCAGGAGACGGUCAACCAGAUUCGCCGGAUCAAGCAGCAGGAGGCAAGUGGCGGAGGAGGCCUUGGCGAGCUGCAGCAGAGCGAGGUGUCGUCGAGCAAGCCAACUAUCCUGAACAGUGACGUGCUUGGGCCCUUGCUCCUCGAGGCGCUGGACGGGUUCCUGUUUGUGGUUAAUACCGAGGGGCGCAUCGAGUUUGUGUCGGAAAACAUCUCGUCCUUCCUGCAGUACGGCCAAGGGGAGCUGGACGGCACGAGCAUCUACAACAUUCUGCACCACGGCGACCAUGGCCGCUUUAGCAGCAACCUGCUGCCCAUGUCGCUGGGCGCCAACGGCCUGGGCUGGACCGAGGUUGGAGGCAAGAGCCGCUCGUUUCAGUGCCGCUUCCUUUUGCGCCCACCCGACGCCGAGGACAAGCAGAAUAGUGCGCGCAUCGCCCCCCUUUAUGAGAACAUGCAGAUCUCAGCCAUCUUCCUGCCCCACCCAAACGGCUCCGUCACGGGAGGCGCAGGCAGCGGCGAUGAAUCCGGUGCAGACUCCGAAGGGCAAAACUGCCUGGUCUGUGUGGCUCGCCGUAUCCCCGCGAACGAGAAGAUUCCAGCCUCUGUAGGUGUGGAGCAGUUCACGACACGCCUUGACCUCAGUGGCAAAAUUCUUGCUGUCGACACCAGUGGUGUGUCGUCGACGUACAGCCAGUACCUCAACAAGUCCCUCGUGGGACGUGUGAUCCAGGAGCUCUGUGAUUCCAGGGAUCUCCACAAGUUGGAUCAGCAUCUUAAAGAAACCCUCCAGCAGGGUCAGCACACGAGCGCCAUUUACCGGCUCCAGGUGACGCCCGACAAGUCUCUGCUGGUGCAGACCAAGAGCAAGCGCUUCAACUGCAACCAGGUCACGAGCGAGCCAGAGUUCCUCAUGGCCACCCACUCCAUCAUCCGGGACAGCGAGGCCCCGUCCCCGGAUGAGCUGUGCAGGGUUCCGACACCAGUCAACGGAGCACCCUCCUCCUCGUCAUCAGGCCCUGCCCCCAGUGGUAGCGGGGUCACCAGUGGCGGCGUGGUAGGGACGGUGGCAACUAGUGGGCUCCCGUCCGUGUCUGUCGCGGGUGGGAGCACUGCGGCCGCCUUUUUUCACCUGAGCCCCUCGUCUUCGGGAGGCAGCCAGGACUUCAACCUGCUCUCCAUGGAGAUGUUCCCGUCCACCUCCUGGCCUGAGGAGGAAGACCUCUCUUCGGCACACACGCCUAAGGGUGGCAAGAGCAUGGCCAGCGGAGGCGAUGAUGGCGACGACGAUUACGGCUCCUCAUCCUUGCCACCCCCUGCAUCGACACCAGGGGCUGUGAGUGCGCCCUCGCCCUACACUACAGGGGGCACGACUUCGUCGUCGGAGGACGGUGGGGCGCAGAAGCUGCGCAACCUGCUGACUCAAGGCCUGGGUGGGGGUGGCGGUGGGAACGAGGAGACGGAUGCCCCGAGUAGCAGUCGGUCGGAGAAUGUAAUCCUUCGAGAGCUCCUCAACCAGGAUGACGAGGAGGAGCGGCCGGAGGGGAACAACAUGCUCAGACGGGUGAGCAGGAAACGCCGAGCACUCUGUCAGUUGCUGAAUAGCGAGGACAAUGGGGACAAGAGUUUCCGCAGGUCACAGGAUCUGCUCAUUCAGCAGCUGCUCAAGGCCGAGUCGCCCGACAAGCCCGAGGGUGCAGAAGAAGGCGGCACCAAGCGCAAGAGCCUCGAGGAUGGGCCGGAGGCUGAUCAGGCACCCAAGCGCCCCAACAUGACAGGCACACGACCGCCGACGAUUGCCCGUGUCAGUUUCCCAAAGACCUUUGCCCAAAGCAUCCACUUCCAGUACCAGCGAUUGCCUUCAGGGAUCAUGCAGGGAGCAAGCGGCAUGUCCCUUAGUCCCGAGAUUAAGGCUCACCUCGCUGGCCAGAACCCGAUGCUGGCAUCAAUGCUGGCGCAGACGCCGCGGCCCGUUCCCUCGGUGCCAACAUCCAUUGCCAACUCGAUCGUGUCACAGCUGCCCCAAGAGCGGCUGCCGAAAAACCUCGAGAAGAAGCUCAUCCACACGCCGCCGACACCGGGCGGACUGCUGCAGCCGCCGCACCAGCAGCAGCAGCAGCCACAGUCGGUGAUGGUCAAGCAGCCGCAGCCCGGCCGUCCCACUUCCCUGCUCGGUCUGGGCCCACAAGAAUCCAGCACAAUGACGCUUCAGCAGCAGCGUUCCUUUGGUGGUGGUGGUGGCCUCAUCCAGCAGCAGCAACAGCAGCAGGGCUUUCUCAGCAAGAUUCUCAUGAACAGCCCAGAUUCGACCAGGCGCGCUGUGCAGCUGUCGCAGCAGUCAUCUCAGGCUUACCUGCCGCACACGACGAGCACGGCAGGGUCCAGCUUUGCCACGGCCGCGAGUGGCCCGGGUGCAGUGCUGUCGGAGCUCCUCAACGAUUCGCGCAUCCCGGCCAGCAUUGUGAAUGCAGUCAACUCCUCAUCCGCAGCGUCGCUUUCCAUGGCUGCUGCGGCGGGGGGCGCGUCAGCGGACCAGCUGCUGUCGCAAGUGCUGGAUGAUGUGUGGAGCCUGCAACAGGAGCUGCAGCCGGGUGUGGAGACGACAACAGCCUCGGAGGAGACGGUGCUACUGCGACUGCUCGAGGAAGUCCUGGACGGUCCGCAGCAGGCGCAGCCCUCGCAGGGACCUCAGGGUGGUCCGCAGGGGCAGCCCGACCUGAGUGAAAAGAUGGCCAUCAGUGCCAUCCAGCAGCAGCUGAUGAGCUUCGAGUCGCAGCCCCCGCAGCCACAACAGCAGCAGACCUCUCUCUACGCGGGGCCCGGGUCCUCUGCGUCCUACCAGCCGGCUCCUCCUAUGUACAGCACCACAGCUGCUCAGAGGCUGCGGCUAGCCUCCCAACAGCCGCAGCCAGGUCAGCAGCCGCAGCCGCAGCAGCAGCAGCAGCAACAAGGGCUGCGCCAGUAUGCUCCCAGUGUGGCCAGCAUGGCAGCCGUGUCUCCACAGAUGCGGCGCAACCUUCUGGAGCGCCGCCAGAAGAUGUUCCUGCAGCAGCAGCAGAAGCGUCUGCUGGCUCAGCAGCAACAGCAGCAGCUUACCAUGCAGACGCAGCAGCAGCCUCCUGACACGUUCGGGCCCGAGAGCAUCAACGAGCUGCUGAACCACGGCGUGGCGCCACCGAACAUUGCCAUUCAGCACAGCUACCACCUGAGCCAGGCACAGGGCAGGGACCUGCAGGAGAGAAUGAUGAAGAUAUUCAGACCGAGAGGUGGAAUGUCUGGUGGUGAGGCGCCGCAGCAGCUGUCUCCACGGUUUGGAGGUGUGCUCAGUCCCCCUCAGCAACAGCCCCAGCAGCUGUCUCCCGGGCAGCGCUACUCGCCGCAGCAGCCGCAGCCACAACAGGGAGGCGGCUUCCCUAGUCCAUACCCGAGUCCCGGUUCCCCUCACUUGGGCUCUCCCGGUGGCGGUGGGGGCAAUGGGCCCCCUCAGUGGUCUCCACGGCCCCAGGCUGCAUCCCUCCAGCAGCAGAACCCCAUGCUCAAUGCCCAGCUCUCACAGGGUAAUUUCGGCGUGCAGCAGCAACAGCAGCAGCAGCAACAACAACAACAGCAGCAGCAGCAGCAACAGCAGCAGCAACAGCAACAGCAGGCACGCUUUGUGAGCCAGGCACGGCAACCCCAGCCCCAGCAGCAGAUGGCUGGAGGGGUCCUGCGGCCAGCGGCCAGCCCGGGGGCCGGCCUGUCUCGAAACCCGUCACCUUUUGGGGAGCAGUUCCCUUUUGCUCCAGCCAACAGAGGCGGGCCCUCCCCCGGUCCUCCUUCCCAGCAUGGUCGCCUGCAGAGGGCCAUGUCAGUGCCGGCGGCGGCUCGGGUGAACUCUCCUCGAACACCGCAGCAGCAACCACAGCCUCAACCCGGCUUCGGGGGCGACCCACUCCUCUCUCCACCGGGGCCCCAGAUGUCACCGGGGGGUGCGUACGGGGCCGCGCCUGCAUCAGCAGCGCCCGUCUUUGGUCUGGACGCUUCCCCCCAGUUCAGCUUUGAACAGCACCCCCUGCAUGGGUUUGCAUCCGACAGGAGCCGAAUCGGGGGCAGCAUGCCGUCCGAGUACGUACGCCAGGAACUCAGGGCUAUAGUUGGAGCCCGCACACAGGGACAGCAGCAGCAACAACAGCAGCAGCAACAGCCUCAGCAGCAGCAGGCUCUGCAGCAACAGGGGGGCGGUGUGCGGGGCAGUGGCGGGGGCUCCCUCUCUCACGCAGACCUCGAAGCCCUGGGCCUUCAGCUGGAGCUGGGGGGCGGACCUUCGGAGCCUGGAUCCCCCCUCUUCCCAAUGCUGGCACCCUCGGACACUCCACCAGCACAGCCUACACCCAGGGUUGACGACAAGCCCAGUAGUGACCAGCGCAAGAGUUUGCUGCAGCAACUGCUCUCGGAGCCCACCUAGGGUCAGCUGCCCGGAGAAGACCCCGCACACCGCUGGCUGCCGACAACUGCUCGGCAUGGCCCAGCCGGCGGAUGAGGGCGUCUCUCCCUCUUGUGUGUGCGCGUGUGUUGUGUGGAUGUGUGCUGUACUGCGAGCACCGGCCAGCUCUCACUCUGCAGUGACGGUGGUGUGGUGGCCAGUGGUGGUUGGGGGAGAAAAGUACGUCAGCAGGACAGCGACUUUUGUUUGUUGUGGUUGCCGCUGUGAACUGCUCUUCGCCCCCCGCUGCAACAACGGCGCCUGCCAGUGGGACACCAGUGUGUGCCGUGGAGUAGUGCCGGAACGCCCCUUGGCGGGAGUGCGGUGUCGUUCUUGUUCUUGUUGUUCCUCCUCCUCCUGUUCCGCCGCCAGUGCGUGUAUGUGUGUGUGUGCGUGUAUGUGAUAAAGAAACUGACCAUGACGGCGGCGGUGUUAUGCGACAUGACUCUCUCUUUCGGAGACCGGAACUGCUGUGGUGAGGAGGAUUGUUCUCGAGCCCACCGCUCCUCCUAUAUUUUUUUUCUGUACAUAGGUGUAAAGCAACGCCGUGCGUGUGCCCAUCCUCAGCAGUGUGAUGACACAAGACUGCUUUUCUUUAUUUUUGCUGCUGCUGCAAGUGUAGUUUAGGGAACAGUGUUUUUUAUUGUUUUCCUUUUCUCCUGCCCUCACCACUACACGCAGUGACUGUUAUGGACGACGAUGACUAUGUGGUUUUUCCUUUUUUUCUUUCCCCUCCUCUUCAUAACUGCACUCAGCCUCACCUUUCUUGCUCCUGCAGUGGCACUUGUUUACUACUAAGAGUUGUUUUUGUUUGCUCAGCCCUGCUUUCAGAGCCAAUUUAUUAUUUGUUUUCUCUAACAUUCUAUUGCCCCCCCCGCUUAGCGUGUACAGUCUUCUUUGUGUAGGGUUGUUCUCUCACCUUUUUCCUCCCCUCCCCUCUAAUAAGAAAAAGUCCCUGUUUUUUGUUAUUGUUGAAUCGCACACCCUGUGUGCAUUUGGCUGCUCUGUCUCUCUCUCUCUCCCUCAAUGGAUUCCUUUGCACUUGUGAUUUUCCUGUGCAUGGUGCUUUCCUUAACCUCUUAGCAGGUCAUCGGGACUCGUGGCAGAGCUCAUCUGCUUUCUCGGCUGUCCUGCCUUCAAACCAGAUUGUGGUGGUAGCAGUCAUGACAAAGACAAACCUUUCUUCCUGUCUUACCUGCUAAUCUUCGUUGUGUGAGCAAAGCAAGCGCAGUCCGUCAUAUUUUCUUAAUGGGUUUGUCAUUUCUACAGCACUUUCCCCAUUUCGCAGCAACCUUCGUUGUUUCUUUAAAUUUUUUUAAAGGUGGGGGGGGGGGGGGGGUGAAGAGGAGAAGAAGGGCUUGGUGAACGGAUGGAUGUUGUUUUUUGGCUGGCAGUGCGUUGUCAUUGAGUAGUAGUACUGUUGGCAAAGGAUUCUGUGAUGGCAAAGGAAAAAAAAUGCACCCAAGGGAGGAGGUUUUGUGAAGCGCAGCGUUUCGUUCGGCGGAGGCAGGUGUUGCAAGAGAGUCUUUCUUUGUUUCCUUUACGAAUGAAAGAGCGGGCUGGGAUUUGUUGCAUGGUAGUCGUUCCAUUGUUGUUGCAUUGUUCUUGCACUGUUCUCACCCGUUUAUUCUUUCCCCGCCUUUCCUUUUUUUUUCCCCUUUCCGUCGCAGCGUCUGCUUUCUUAGUUGAGGACGUGUUUUGCAUUGCCACUUGCUAAUACAAUCUGGCCCAUACACACAUAGUGUUACUAUCACCACCCACAAUCUAAACACAAUUGCACUCCCCGAGGAAGUGGGGCCGUCUACCUCACUGGCCACGCGUUGAGUGUGGCGUCAUCUCGUGCAGAUUUUUUCUUCCCCUGAUCCUCAUAAUCCUAUUUGUUGUGCCCCACUUCCUCUGGCCUCACAUUUCUUUUCUUUCCUGCUCCAUCAUGCCUCGUGUACAAAUUGCCACUAGAAGGGGGGGCACACUUCAUCUGUUGUCCUCCACUUUUCGGCAGAAGAGAUUGACGGCUGUUUAAUGACUGCAGCGGGUGGUGCAGGGUGCGUGGAUGGGGUUCUUGACGUUUGUAGUUGGUCGUGAGGGUUUGUUUUUUGAUGUUUCCCUUGCCAUGUGCACUGGCUUUGUAGUUCAUAAAAAAAAAAGUGCGUGUUGACGGAAGCUGCAUGAUGUCUCGCGUAGCUUCCCGUUGUGUAAAUGGUUUUACUGUGUGGGUUCCCAUGCUCAGGGGGAAGAGUGCUUGCUCAUCCAAUGGAGGCAGAGAAAAAGCCGUUCCUUCUGCGGUGCCGAGUGCAAAUUUGAGUGCCAGGACGGUCGCAGUUUUGACACCCCGCAUGUGCACGGAGAAUCGCUGCUGUGUUUCACAUUACGGUGCGAGGUUUUGGUUUGCAGUGUUUGACAGGUGAAAGGAAGCUUGGCUUCCUGCGGGGCACAUGAUGUUGAAUGCGACUAUAGGUGCACCGCUCGACUUGGAGGUACCUACGGGCAUUUUCACUUAAGGGUGCGCAUUGCCGGGAAUGGUUGCUGGACGGCAGAGGGCGCUGGUAACGUUUGUUUCACCUUUUUCUUCUCCUCUGCCUGUCUCUAACUGUGUAAGUGAUGCUCACUCGCAAGAGGCCCUGCGCUGAUACUCAGCUGCAAACGGGAAGUAGAUAUGCAUGUGGCUACCCCGGCACCCUGCGUACCUUUAUUGCGAACUGGGCGCUUGGAUGUUUUUCAGGCUGCUUGGCAUAACGCUGUGAUGGUUUUCUCAGGCAGGAGUCUCAACUUAAGAAGAAAAAAAAAAAAUGAAAUACCAGGCAGAUAGCUCGAGCGUAAAAAAAAGAUGAAAAAAGGAAAUGGCGUUGGAUAAUUUUGUCGUGUGCCUUUUUCUCUUAACCAGAAGCACUGUGGUCUGGGUGGGGGAGCCAAGUGAGCGCACCCUCUAUGUUGAAAAAGAGAUAUAUAUAUAUAUAGA